CUCGACAGUAACAUGUUGUCAACCUUAAACACUCCAGAAGCUAGUCUGGGAAGAUGACCAUGUAGAAUGACUUCAUAGAAGAGCCUAUAUAAGCUAAAGGAAGUAGGUUACUGCAGAAUUUGGAUAUUAAUCCAAGGAACUACAAGCUCAGAAUUUUUACAAGUGAAACAACAAUGUCCCAGCCAGCUCCAGUGAAAAAGAAACGCCCUCCAGUAAAAGAAGAAGAUCUCAAAGGAGCUAGAGGAAAACUGUCUGGUAAUCAAGAAAUCAAAUCCAAGACCUAUCAAGUCAUGAGGGAGUGCGAACAAUCUGGCUCUGCUGCUCCGUCUGUCUUCGGCCGAGAACGCACCGGAGGAGAAACCGUCUUUGACAAACCAAAAUCAGAGCCUUCAAAAAGUGUCUUUGGCUGACAGCCAUGAAUAUUCCCAGCAUCCUUCAUUGCUUGUCUUGUUUGUCCCAUACAUCAGUCUUAUUAUUGGGCUUCUAACUUAAUUCUUCAGGCAUGAAUCAGCAAAAGAACUUGAAUUGAAAGACGUCUUUUUUUUCCAUAUAUUCGGUGCAAUUUUUUUUCUUAGCUAUCCAAUAGUUAAUUCAAGUUAUGGAGUGCAGGAUGAUAUUGUAAUGACCAAUUUUGUUAACAAAAAUGCCCCCCCCGGGAUUCUUCUUUUUUAAAGUUAAUGUCCCAGUUCUAAUUGUAAUUAUUGUGUAAAAGAAAAUAAAGCUGGAUGAUUUUGA